AUGUCGGCCCUCCUCCCUACGCAGAAGCGCAACCUCCCACUCCUCGCGACGCGCGAGACCUGCGCAGGAAAGACAUACAUCGUCACAGGCGCCAACACAGGCCUGGGCUUCGAAGCAGCCAAGCACCUGGCCAGCCUCGGAGCGGCCAAGGUGAUCCUGGCGGUGCGCAAUCCCGUCGCCGGCGAAGCUGCCAAGCGGCAGAUCGACGAGGCCGCGAAGACGACGGCCAGUGUCUGUGUGGUCGAGGUCUGGCCGCUGGACCUCUCGAGCUACGACAGCGUGCGGGCCUUCGCCAGGCGCGCCGCCGCCGAGCUGGACCGCAUCGACGCGCUGAUCGAGAACGCGAGCAUCGCGCUGGAGCAGCGCGAGACGGCCGAGGGCCACCUCAAGACCGUCACGGUCAACGUGCUGGGCACCUACCUGCUGGCGAGCCUGCUGCUGCCCGAGAUGAGCAGGCAGGCCAAGUCCGGGAGGCUCGACAGGUUCCAACCGCGCGUGGUGAUUAUCGGGAGCACGGUCGGGUUUGAUUCCAAGGAGGGCUGGGAGAAGAUCAAGGAGGAUCCCAUCAAGGGGAUGGACGAGUUCGAGCCGGUAUAUGUGACCUACCCGCUCACCAAGCUCACCGAGUCGUUCGCCACGCGCCAUCUUGCCCGCGAGCUGCUGCCCGUGGAGAAGACAGGCGUCAUCAUCAACCUCGUCUGCCCCGGCCUCUGCGUCACGCAGCUGGGCAGGAAUCUGUCCGAGGAACGCAUGGCGCACCUCCGUGAGGUGCAGGCCAAGUUCGGUCGUACGGCCGAGGAUGGAAGCCGCACGCUGCUACACGGCGCCGUAGCCGGCGUCGAAAGCCACGGCAAAUUCCUUCGUUCCUGCGAAGAUGGCGAGUCCGCUGUUCCCGAGUGGGUGAAGGAAGACUUGGCGUUGCAGAAGAAUACCUGGGAUGUCAUUGCUAAGGAGCUAGAGGCUAUCGAGCCUGGAUGUGUGACCAAGAUGCUGGCAUGUGCCGGAAACUGA